AUGUAUUUGUUUGCCAAUAUCAGAACAACAUGUUGCAUUCUGAACAAUUUUCUAUUACAGAAAUUGGAUUUUAAGUUUCCUUUGACGGUGUCAUGCAUACACUUUAUAUGCUCUGCUAUUGGCGCAUACCUGGUCAUCAAUGUUCUGAAGCUUAAGCCCCUUAUUGCUGUUGACCGUGAAGACCGCUGGAAAAGGAUCUUUCCCAUGUCAUUUGUGUUUUGCAUUAACAUUGUGUUGGGGAAUGUGAGCUUACGCUACAUUCCUGUUUCUUUUAUGCAAACUAUAAAGUCAUUCACCCCUGCAACAACAGUCGUUUUGCAGUGGCUAGUAUGGAGAAAGUACUUUGACUGGCGAAUUUGGGCUUCUUUGGUCCCCAUUGUUGGAGGAAUUCUUCUCACUUCUAUUACAGAGCUUAGUUUUAAUAUGUUUGGAUUUUGUGCUGCUUUAUUUGGAUGUCUUGCUACUUCUACAAAGACUAUCCUUGCAGAGUCCCUGCUACAUGGUUUCAAGUUUGAUAGGUGGGCAGCUGCAGAAGUAGCAAAUAAUUUUGGCAAUAUUGUUGUUUAUCAUUUUAAACAUGAGCUCAUCUAG